CUGAAAUCUGUACUUUAAUAAGAUUUGGAUCAAGAUUUAUAACGCUACAAUAAAAAGGAGGGCCCAACUGAAAGGACCCGGCCUUCCCCCGAGCCCUCGCGAACAAUGGCGGGGCAGCCACCCCGGGUCGCUCCUUCCACACGUUCCCGUCCCCGCGCUUCCAAAGUGAGGGAAACGGGGAGACGAGCCCAUCCCACUUCGCCGCUUGGGCCCUUUCGUAGUUCGGCUGCCCCGCCGCGGCCUGGGCCUGGCAUCCCUCCGGCCGGCCUCCCCGGCGCCUCCUCAGGCGGCAGGGGGCGGCGUCGGGCCGGGCAGGCGGCUUCCUUCCCCGUCCCUCCCCUUCCCCACCUCCCUGCGCUUCGGAACAUGGCGGCGGCAGCGACGAUAACGGCGGCGAGGGACUGAAGCAGCCCGGCGCUCGGCCGCAGGAAGUGGGUGUGGCUUCCUCUCCUAAGACUGGCCAUUUGCAAUGUUGCUGAAGGCUGCCUAUCUGUCAUCUUCAGAUUAGUAACCCUAAGUCAGUUGCAGAGUGAGGCCUUGUAUCAGGCAAUAGAAUGCGGAAGCCAAGCCCUCAGAAAGCAAUAGAUUGGAAAGAUGGCAAAAAGCACAAGUAUGGACAUCUGUCUGAGCCCCCUUCUCAAUAUCAAGGUCAUUUUGCCUGGGAUAAAUACUUGAAAGAGACAUGUUCCAUCCCAGCUCCUGCCCAUUGCUUCAAGCAGUCUUAUACCCCGCCUAGCAAUGAAUUCAAGAUCGGCAUGAAGUUAGAAGCCCAAGAUCCCAGAAACACCACAUCAACUUGUAUCGCCACUGUGGUGGGGCUGACAGGUGCCCGUCUCCGAUUACGCCUUGAUGGCAGCGACAACAAGAAUGACUUCUGGCGUCUGAUAGAUUCUGCAGAAAUCCAGCCCAUUGGCAACUGUGAAAAAAAUGGCGGGAUGCUCCAGCCUCCUUUAGGUUUUCGUCUGAAUGCUUCCUCUUGGCCUAUGUUUCUUCUGAAGACUCUGAAUGGAGCAGAAAUGGCUCCCAUUCGAAUUUUCCAUAAGGAGCCACCGUCUCCAUCCCAGAAUUUCUUUAAGAUGGGGAUGAAACUUGAGGCUGUAGACAGGAAGAACCCGCAUUUCAUCUGCCCAGCCACUAUUGGUGAGGUACGGGGUUCUGAAGUCCUUAUCACUUUUGAUGGCUGGAGGGGAGCCUUUGAUUACUGGUGCCGCUAUGAUUCUCGUGACAUCUUUCCUGUUGGCUGGUGCUCAUUGACUGGUGACAAUUUACAGCCCCCUGGAACAAAAGUCAUUCCAAAGAUCCCAUUCCCUGCCCCUGAUGUGAUUUCUGAAAAAAGCACCAUACACAACAGCACAAAGAGUAUCCUGGAACAUCCGCCUGGACAAAGAGGACGCAAACCUGGUCGUAAAAGAGGCCGGACACCCAAGGUGCUGACCAGCCAUCCCAACCCCAACCUUUCCAAGGCAGUGGAGCCUUUAAAAUUCCCCAAAAAGAGGGGGCCAAAGCCUGGUGGAAAGAGAAAGCCGCGAACGUUACUAAAUCCAGCACCCACUUCCCCUACAACUAGCACUCCUGAGCCUGACACAAGUACGGUACCACAAGAUGCAGCUACUAUUCCCAGUUCUGCUAUGCAGGCCCCUACAGUUUGCAUCUACUUGAAUAAAAACUGUAGCCCUGGGCCUCAUCUGGACAAAAAGAAAAUCCAGCAAUUGCCUGACCAUUUUGGUCCAGCUCGAGCGUCCGUAGUCCUGCAGCAAGCAGUCCAAGCUUGCAUUGAUUGUGCUUACCACCAGAAAACUGUCUUCUCAUUUCUUAAACAAGGCCAUGGAGGAGAGAUUAUUUCAGCUGUGUUUGAUCAUGAGCAGCACACUCUAAACUUACCAGCAGUGAAUAGCAUUACUUACGUCCUCCGUUUCCUUGAGAAACUGUGCCACAACCUGCGAAGUGACAACCUCUUUGGGAACCAGCCCUUCACUCAGCACCAUAUGCAUCAUUCCAGAGAAUAUGACCAUGACAAAUACCUGCCAGACAGGAGUGUUUCGUUACAUGGCUCUCUGCAGGGACCAGGCCGGGGUACAAAGAGGUAUUCCCAAGAUUUCCCUCCAUAUAGUGCUCCUCUGUCCCCCAAGUUACCAAAGAAUGACCAUCACCCUUUGGAAGGUGAAACCUUUGUCUUGAAUGACAGUCUCCCUGCUCCUCUGGAGCCUCGCUUGGACCCGAUCGACUCAGCCUUGAAUGCCGUUAGCGUGUCUAGUCCCAUCCGGAACUCAAGGGACUUCCGACUUCAGGGAUACCGACACCUUCAUCAGCCCUCCAGCCUCACUCAGUGCAGCGCCCCUGCUGGGCAUAGACUGGGUGCUGGGGGCUCUGACAGAUACCUGAGUUCUCGAGACACUUCACGAUUGGGUACCCGGGAUCCCUCGGCCUGGACAGUAGAAGAUGUCAUGCAGUUUGUAAGAGACGCUGACCCCCAGCUGGGACCCCAUGCAGAUCUCUUCCGGAAACAUGAGAUUGAUGGCAAGGCCUUACUCUUGUUGCGUAAUGACAUGAUGAUGAAGUACAUGGGCUUGAAACUGGGGCCGGCGCUGAAACUCACCUACCACAUUGAUAAGUUGAAACAGGGCAAGUUCUGAAAAAGACUCCUCUUGGCACAAUCACGGCCCUCUCAGCUCUCCAUGAGGGCACGUAACACGUGUCUCCCUUCUGCAGCCACCGCGUCACAGAAUUACUAGGACAUCUUUCUUAACCAGUGAAAGAAAGGUGGCUUCCUGCAGGAGGAAGGUCCUAGGCAUCAGGAACCAUUGUAUGAAGCUUCAGACGGAUUCUCACAAAGGGAGAAGUUUCUUCAGCUCUCCGCUGGUGGCAUCUGGGACCAUACCUGACCGAGGCGAUGAUGCCUCCUGUGUGUGGAGCUGUGGCAGGGCCACCUUUGCAUUAGACUCAGCUGUUUGGUCCUUCCUUUUUUAAUCACAGCAUCUUCUUUUGCGGCUCUCUUUGAGAAGCCUCUUCAUGCAAUAGGAAGAAGACGUCAAGAGGUUACUCUUCUGUGCCAUACAGAAGAAACAGAUUAGAAGAAGCCAGCCGAGGGCUGUUGCUCUCCAGAUGAUGCACUCCCUUGGGUGCGGGGUGGGGUGUGAGUUUUGGCAGGAGCCCUAUCCAGUGAGCUGUACUACCUGCCUGCAGAUCACUAGGUGCUGUUAAUCUCUUCCUGUAUUGAGGACUCAAGCUGGCUUUGUUCCCCACACACUCACAUUGCUGGCUGAUAAGCAGACAAUUCUUAAUAUUUAUUUCGACACAAGCAGAGGCUCUGUGUUUGUGUUAUUUACCAUUCCAGCACUACAAGUGAGCCAGGAGGAUGGGGGGCAUGUGGUCUUAUACUGAAGUGGCACAGGGCACACAAUUAAGCAACCUCCUGCCCUCAAGCUUGAACGUUUUCUACUUGUCCUUGAGAUGGCAACCAUUUUAACUUUUCCCCUGGGCAAUUGCACGUCUCCACUUCUACAGUGGUACCACUUAAUAUACCUUCCACUUCACCCUGGCAGACCUUCCUUGAUAGCUACCUGACAGGCACAUGGGAUAGCAAAGAGAUGCUGAAAUAGGUUCCUUUUUCAUAUUUCUCCACCAAUUCCAGUAGGGAAACCGGAAUCAUUUUACGUGUAUGCUGGAAAAUAAUUAAUGUAUUUAUUUUUAUGGCACUUGAGAGGUUGGCCCCAUUGUCCUGUAGUUAGAGAGGUUUUGCUGCUGGCAAAUGAGAAGAAGAGGAAGAGGAGGUCAUAACCUGGUGCCCCAACAUUCUGCUUUUCUCUAGGUUCUCCACUGAAAUGUGCUUUGUGUCUGGAAAGCAAGCGUGUAAUGCUUUUUUCAUUCCUCCAGAAUAACCGUAGCAGUUUGCCCUUUGGGAUGCACACAAGUGAAUGCUGAGACUCAGUUGCCCAUCGCUGUUCGCCUGCCCUGAUUCCUGAACUGGGAGAUGGGGUAGGCAAAGGUACAGGCCUUUCGUACCAUUUUUUUCUGCCAAAUUACACACGCCGCUGCUCCUUCCUCUGGUUGCUUCUUUCUCUCCCAGACAAGGGCCAGAAGACAAGGCAAGAGAGCCUCUAAAACAAAGAAUGAAAAUUCACAGGCAAUAAACCAGUUCCAGAAAGGAGGAUCGAACAAUGACUGCAAUAUGCUGGAAUGGUGUGACUCGGCCACCGUCUUGGUUGUCCAGUUUAGCCCCUUGGGGCAGGCCACCCGUUUCUGCUAUUACUGCCUGGUUGCAGAAUAUCACUUCUGUAAGCACUGCCUACAGCAGGUAGCAGGAAGAAUCCUGCCAAUGUUCUCUUCUGCACUUACUCUUGAUGAUUUUGUUUAUAAAUAAAAUUUUUUAAAAAGGA